UUCCAGAACGGUUAGGCUGGGCCAAAGAAGAGCCUCACCUCACACUUAACUGCCAUCUCGAACUCUGCGCACCUCGAUGUGCUCUCCACCAUAACAGCAUUUAUCAGACUCAGAUGUUGUCAAAGGACUGACUGAUAUCCGCUGACUAAUGUGGCGAGCAAAACCCUUUCACUCAAACCAAGCGAAGUUCCAUAACAAUUCAGUGCCCUUCAUCUGCUCAGAGUAAUCUUACUGUUUAAGGUGCAUCCUCUGCAAGAUAUCGUCUAUCAGCUCAUUGAUAGAUCAACGCCCCUGUCGGAUCAAAUAUUCUCCGCCAACCCCCCCGGGUCCCAUUCACAGGCCGAUCUGCUCCACAAUGCCUCGCAAAUCCAAACCCAAAUCCAACAUCAAAAUGCCCGGCCUGACAGUCGAUACCUCCCCUUCACACACGACGUCGCCGAACUCGACCUCGCACUCCCAAUCCCAGUCCCAUUCCCGCUCUGCCUCGCCCGUGCGGCCUCCAUACUCCCCAAUAACCCCGACUCUGGGCCAUGCGCGCCUCGCCACCUCUACAAGCCCCUCCCAGAAUCCCUCCCCCCAUACCCAGAACACUUUGCCGCCACGCCAAACAUACACUCACUCUCAACCUCCGCAGACUGCGAUCCCUCAGCCGCCACCAGUACCAAUAAAACUAGACGAGAACCCCGAUGCGCUCGCCCUAAAAUCCGCAAUUAGCAUCUUGCAGAUCCAGGCGCGCAAUGCGACGGCAGAUAUCCAGACCUUGCACCGGAUAAAGGGGAAAGCGAUGGACGAUCCCGAAGGUUUUGCUAGAGCUCUGGCUGCAGGCGAGGUUGCGACCAAGUCAGAUUCCCUUUUCGCGCCGUCGCAAGACGAUUCAUCCGAGGAUGAGGAUGGAGAGGGAGAGAAAGUGGAGGGGCUGGAGGGAGAAGGGAAGGGAAAAGAAAAGGCAGAAAAGUGGGGGAAACUUCCAAGACCCCAGAAUAUCGUCCGUUGUCCACCAAUAAAUUGGACGCAGUAUGCCGUGGUCGGGGAGAGCCUGGAUAAAUUGCAUAAGGAUCAGCAGGCACGACCUACGGAAGGGAUGCCACAAAGAUUACAACCGGAUGGGAGCUUGGCAUUUGGUGGCGAGGGACAGAGAAGACGGGAAGAUAUGGGGGUGGCGGCGCCGUAUCAGCCGGGGAAGGAUAAGAUUGAGAAGAUGGGAACUAGGAAGGGGGGCAAGAGGUAAUGCUUUGGGUUAAUGGGGCUGGUUCAGUUGGAGUUUUGUAUCUAAGGGAUGAAGUUAUGAGGGUGGGGCAUGGGCAUGGUCUGGCGUUGGUGGUUGCUAUGAACUUGAGGCGUAGCAUUCGAUUAUAGCCUGGGAGG